AUGACCGGCGACGUGAAGCACUGGGAAUCAGAGGCACUCUCUUUGAGGAGAGUCGCCUUCUUUGGCGUAGCCCUCUCCACCGUAGCCACACUCGUUUGUGUGAUCUCGGUCCCAAUGCUUUACAACUACAUGCAGCACAUGCAGUCGGUCAUGCAAAACGAGGUCGACUUCUGCAAAUCCCGGUCUGGAAGUAUCUGGAGGGAAGUCACCCGCACUCAGGUUCUGGCUGCACCCACCAGAAAAGCCCGUCAAGCUGGCGGCGGAUGCUGCGGAUGCGGCGUAUCCCCAGCUGGACCUCCAGGUCCUCCUGGACAGGAUGGAGAACCAGGAACAGAUGGUGAACCUGGUCAGCCUGGUAGAGACGGACCCGACGCCCCACCGGCAACCCCAGCUCCAGAUGUUGCUCCUUGCUUCAACUGCCCUGCUGGUCCUCCUGGUCCACCCGGAAACCCAGGAAGCAAAGGAGCACCAGGUAACCCUGGCCAAGAUGGACAGCCCGGAAAUGCAGGAAACCCCGGAGGACCAGGAAUUGCUGGACCCCCUGGCCCACCAGGAAACAACGGACAACCCGGAAAUCCUGGAGCUCCAGGAGCUCCAGGAACCCUCACUACAGUUCCAGGCACGCAAGGACCACCCGGACCACCUGGACCUGCGGGACCUCCUGGACCAGAUGGUCAACCAGGAAGCGCUGGAAACCCAGGACAAGAUGGUGGUCCAGGAGAACCUGGAGACAAUGGACAGCCUGGUGCUCCUGGACAACCAGGAGGUGACGGCACUGAUGGAGAUGACGGAGAGACUGGAGCCCCAGGAGGUUGUGACCAUUGCCCACCUCCUCGCACAGCCCCAGGAUAUUAA